AUGGCCCAGAAGGCAAUUCGUGUAGUCCAAAGCAGACUGAACCCUCAGGCAAUUGUUAAAAACAAUUCAAGGAUACCCCCCGAGAACUUGGAAUGUCUGCAAUCUCUAUGCCUUUCCGAUCCUCAAUUUGACCUCGCAGCGAUCCGCAAUGCUAAGGGAGACAGAGUCGAUGGCACUUGCGAAUGGAUUCUCACUCAAGACCGAUACACGUCAUGGUUAGUUGAAGACAGUCCACAGCUGCUCUGGCUCUCUGGCGCGCCCGGAAUCGGAAAGACGAUGAUGUCCAGUUUCUUGGUGGAAGAACUCACGCAGUUAGCAGAGCAUUCAUCGCAGAUGACGUUGGCAUACUACUUCUGUGAUGACAAAUUCCAGGAACGUAGGACCGCCACAUCCAUUCUCCGGGGACUACUGCUGCAAUUAUUACGGCAGCGACCAAUUCUCUUCAAGCACAUUCUGCAGACGCGCUUUGAUACGUUGCGCGACGGCCUCUUCACGAAUUUCCAUGCGCUGUGGACGAUUUUCAUUAGCAUCGUACAGGAUCCCGAAGCGGGUGAGGUCUGUUGCUUGAUAGAUGCUUUGGAUGAAUGUGAGAAUGAAUCACGUCAGCUGUUUCUCACCGCUUUCAAGAAACUAUUCGUUUCUCAGCAGAGCGAAAAGACAUAUGUCAAGUUUAUUGUCACCAGUAGACGGGAAAAAGACAUAGUUGAGUCACUGUCCGCAGUCGGUCCAGCCAUCCGGAAUCUCCAGGUUGACUCAGGGAAAGUCAAUGACGACUUGUCCAAAUUUAUCGUUGUUAAAGUCAACGAGUUGUCGACAAGAAAGAAAUAUAGUGAGAGCCUGAAGGAAGACGUCAAGCAUGCCUUGACAAAUAAGGCUGAGGGAACGUUCCUGUAUGUCUCACUGGUCUUGGAUGAUCUCAACAAAAAGGCGAAAUCGGUAGUCAUAAAAACGCUGCAGGAACUACCUUCAGGCCUCAACAAUUUGUACGACAAGAUUCUCAGUCGGAUCGAAGACGACGACGACAUGAAAAUCGCAAGUUCGGUGCUCCACUGGGUGGCUGUUGCGCGAAGGCCUCUGACUGUGAGAGAACUUGCAAUGGCACGCGUUCUAGGCAAUGGAGAAUGGGAAGGUAACACGAGACCACCGGAAGACCUCUUGAAUUAUUUUCAGGAUGAUUUCAUACGCUGCGAGCCGCUUGUCUACGUUGAUACUGUCAAAAAAACCAUCAACCUCGUUCAUCAGUCCGCCAAGGAUUACCUUUUGGGUGCACAUCUCCAAGGGAACGGUGACCUGUCCCAGUAUCAUGUUGUCCUCGACACGACAAAUCUCCUAAUGUUCAGAACCUGUUGGACAUAUUUCUGCCUGGAAGAAUUCAAACAACAUACGAAGUCAAUGCACGAAACGCUGGAGAACAGAUUACUCUUUGGAGAUUCGCAUUGGGGAAGCUUAUUAGACGACUACUGCUUUUUCGCAUAUGCGAGUCGUGAGUGGCGGAAUCAUGCAGUAGCAGCUGGUCCAGCUUUGGCCACUGACUGCAAAUUCUGGGAAGAGGACCUAGAUAAAUUGCCGACAUUACGUGAUUAUUGGUUACUCCAGGCAGCUGCAGAAGGACAAGAAGUAGUAGUGCAGCAACUGCUCGAGAACGGUGCUGAGCUGGAGUCUAAGGACAAUCGUGGUCGUACACCACUGUUGUGGGCGGUUGUGAAGGGGCGUGAGGCGGUAGUGAAGCUACUAUUGAGUCGAAGUGAUGUGGUAGCAGACUCUCAGGAUGAUUACGGCCGAACACCACUGUGUCUCGCCGCAAUGCAUGGGCACGAGGCAGUGGUAAAGCUACUAUUGAGUCGAAAUGAUGUAAAAGCAGACUCUCAGGAUGAAUUAGCGGCCGAACACCACUCUGCGGGUGGCCGCAAUGAAAGGGCAUGA